CGGAGGCGGCGGCGGGCAGCCGUCGUCCCUCAGCGGGACCAUGACCCAGCGCCGGGACCCGCGUCCCGCCGCGCCGCUGGACGAGGAGCUGGAGGCGCUCGGGUGGUAUCAUGAUAAUCUCACCCGACAUGCAGCAGAAGCGCUGCUGCUUUCCAAUGGGCAGGAUGGAAGCUAUCUCUUGAGGAAGAGUAAUGAAAGGGAAGAUUUAUACUCCCUCUCUGUAAGGGGAAAAGAUUCUGUGAAACACUUCCACAUUGAACAUACAGGAACUUCAUUCAAAUUUGGAUUUAAUGAAUUUUCUAGCUUGAAAGAACUAGUCAUGCAUUUUGCAAAUCAGCCUUUAAUUGGAAGUGAAACAGGAACCUUAAUUGUAUUGAAGCAUCCCUACCCACGGAAAGUGGAAGAACCUUCCAUUUAUGAGUCUGUCCGAGUUCACACAGCGAUGCAGACGGGAAGGACAGAAAGUGAUCUUGUUCCAAAUGCUCCUUCACUUGGUACAAAGGAAGGAUAUUUGAUAAAACAAGGCAAAAUAGUCAAGAAUUGGAAGACAAGGUGGUUUACACUGCAUAGGAAUGAACUUAAGUAUUUCAAAGAUCAGACAGCCACAGAACCGAUCCGGGCACUUGACUUAACUGAAUGCUCAGCUGUGCAAUUUGACUAUUCCCAGGAAAGAGUCAAUUGUUUCUGUUUAGUAUUCCCACUAAGGACGUACUAUCUGUGCGCAAAAACCGGAAUAGAAGCUGACGAGUGGAUUAAAAUACUGCGAUGGAAACUGUCACAAAUACGGAAGCAGCUGGAGCAGCGUAACGCCACCCUCAGUUCCUAGCGGCACCGCCAGUACUUCUCUGUUGGCAGGAGCUGCCGCUUUGCCAAGGGGAAGGCGCCACUUACAAGAGGACGGUUUCACAUGUCUCCAUUUCCCGCAGUGGGCACGCGUGUGGGUCCAGGUCUGCACACCAGCUCCUACAGCUGAGGGCUCUCCAGCUGUUGAGUCACGUGCAGAGGCGUUUGCAAAAUCAGAGUGUGGGUUUGACGUGCAUGGCGUGUGUCUGUAGUGCACGCUGAAUUCAACACCUGUUAACUAAUCACAGAAGUAGUGGCUGUUUAAAACUUUUGUGGUUAUUCAGAGCACUCUCGGUAAUUUAUUGUAAGCUCCGUCACAACUAACCGUUAGCAGCAUAUUCUCUAACCUUGAGCCUGUUAUUUAAAGCCAGUCCUUUCUGUAAGUAUUAAAUAUUUCUUUUGUAUCAUGUGUUUAGGCUCUAAACCAAAAGAAAAAUGACAGAGGUAAAUUACCUUUUUGUAAAUAGUAUCUAUGUUACAAUCCAGAGAGUAUUUCGAGUCCCUUUUCAAGGUGAUGGAUGAGUAAUGUUUAGUUCUGGUCAAAUAUGGUUUUGUGUGGUUUAGAUUUGUACCGCAGUGAUGGCUACAAGAGAACGGUUGUUUCUCACGGCAUAUAUAGGUAACAGUGAGCAGUGCCAUACAAGCGCGCUUGUUUACAGACUAGGAUUAUGAGAAAUGGGCAGCUGGUUCCUAGUGCUUGUAUGACAGAGCUGCCACGGGGCCCUGAGGAUGGUGACGGGGCUCUGCAGAAGCCAUUGCCCGUGGCAGCCACCAGCAUUUGUUGGCAGCAUUACAAGACCCCUUGAAAAUGGGCUGGAUUUUGUACUUUUCCCUCAAGCAGAGAGCUCAAAAUGAGGUUUUAUCCAGAACUAUGUUCUAGAGUUACGCACUGCUUACUUUAUAUUAAAUGAUCAGUAACAGAAAAGCACCAUGUACACUCAAAAUAAGAGUUUAAAAGAAUACAUCUUCUACGUGACCUGAUGCGAAUUUCCAUCUGUAUUUUGGAAGACUCAUGCAAAUGUAACAGCAUUGUGGCUCGCUACAGAGUUGAGAAGUGGAAGCCCACUACUUUGGCGCUGAGUCAAAAUUGUUACAUUGUGGAAGCAAAAUUUGACACACUGGAGGGUCCCAAGACCAGCCUGGCCUGACCUCACGGCUGACCCACCUGGCAGAGCCCCUGAGCCAUCCUGCUCCUCCGGGAGAGGUGGGGGAAGAGGGAGGGCCCCCAGUCUCCUUGCAAACGCUCAAGUUUCUGCUGAAACAGUGUAUACAAACCUCUCCCGCUAUGCAAUCGCUGGGCACAGGGCUGGGUACUGCUCAGGCAGCAGGUCAGUGCUCAAUAGGUGCCUUUACUGUGAGAACACAAGAGGAGGAGGGGAAAAAACAUGCCAGAAGGAGAAAGAAAAUCUAGAUUUGGACAUAGGAAUAGCAUUUUAUUUCAACUUAGAAAUUCAAAAUAUUUGUAAAUAUUUUUAUACAGACUGUUUUCUGAAUAAAAUGUCAUUAUAAAGGUCUUUAUUCCUGUACUGUAUUAAAGCUUUGCCCUCCUUUUUCCCCUAAAGAAGUUUAACUGGCAUCUCCCAUUUAGUUAAAGCUCUGAUGAGUUUGUGUGAGAUAAAGGCAGUGUUAAUGGGAAGAGCGCGCCGAUGUUCUCCAACAGCAUCACUGUUCUCUGAAAACAGCUUGGAGAUGAAGCUUGAAGCGUAACCAC